GUUACAUUCCAGGCAUGCCACAACCAGGGGCGGACUGACCAUUUGGAAACUCAGGCACUGCCCGAGGGCCCGGGGUCAGUAGGGGGCCCCAUGAGAUGCUCCUGGUACCUUUUUCAUAGGAUUUUUUGAGUUUCGGCAAAGACACAGGGGCCCCAUGAUCCCCUAUUGCCCGGGGGCCCCAUGAGUUGUCAGUCCACCCCUAUCCACCCCUGGCCACAACUGUAACAUUUGCUUAUGCUCCCCAACCAAACUAUGACACCUUCAAAUGGCUGGUCUCAUAACUGAUCA